GAUUGGCAGAGAGGGAUGGAGGACACUGAAUGGAGGUCAGUGGAGGGAUUGGCAGAGAGGGAUGGAGGACACUGAGUGGAGACCAGUGGAGGGAUUGGCAGAGAGGGAUGGAGGACACUGAAUGGAGGACACUGAGUGGAGGCCAGUGGAGGGAUUGGCAGAGAGGGGUGGAGGACACUGAGUGGAGACCAGUGGAGGGAUUGGCAGAGAGGGAUGGAGGACACUGAAUGGAGGUCAGUGGAGGGAUUGGCAGAGAAGGAUGGAGGACACUGAGUGGAGGCCAGUGGAGGGAUUGGCAGAGAGGGAUGGAGGACACUGAGUGGACGCCAGUGG